AUGUUGAUUUCGAUUGAUACGGAACGGAGCGACGGGGCCGAGGAAAUUAAAGUUGUCAACCUUGGAACGAAUAGAUUCUACAUGCCGGUCAACCUCUAUCGAGUUGAAUUGACGGAGACGAUUUCCAUAGCAUACCUCGUUCGAAUUGUUCAGGGUAGCGAGAAGAUCAAUGUUGCGCUUGCUUAUAUGGUGUAG